CACAAGGUGUCAGGCACACUCUCUAGCAAUGAUUCAUCUUCAUUUGUUCCGUUCUCUGUCAUGACUGUUAGUGUAUGCGAUGACAACUGCAUGUGCCUUUCUAUCCAUGUGUGUGUAGCUACCACGCUACCACUGCCUUUUGUGAGAUUCAUAUGUAUUUGUUGUCUGGACAAGAUGUAUAUAUGGAUUAUGCGUCGGCUUUCACUCUCUGACCUGUGCUGCUUCCCUAAUCAUUGGUCCUAAAUCUUUUGAUUCAUAUCCUUCUGCUACCAUGAGAGAGAUGUGUGGGGCUUAUUUUUUCCUAUAAUGGCCAAAGUUGUCUGGUCUGGACAGCGGUGCUACGCCUCCCCACAUUGUAUCUUAAGUAUAUUAACCUAGUGAAGCAGAGUUAAUGUAUUCAAUAAUAGAGAAGUAAAACCAGUUUUGUACGUCACUCUGGAUUAGGGCGUCUGCCAAGCGCUGCAAAUGUCAAUAAAAAAAAUCAUGCUAUUAUUCAAGUUAUAAAAAUACGACAGAUACUUUCACUUUUGUUCUCUCAGUAAUGCUUCACUCCCCUCUGUUCUUUAUAACAGCAAAAGAUAAAGAACAAUCAGCAGUCGAGAGGAAGACGAGCUGAGCUGCACACUUAGAACAGCUGACAGAGAAACACACACAGACCAUAAAUCUCACUCAGAGCUUCACACAAGAUACAACCUGCACAUUCUCUACAGGGCUACAGUAUCGAAUAUCAAGAAUGGCAAAGUUUAUCAUGGGAUUAUUUAUAGCCAAACCUGAAUUUGUCACAGUUCUGGCUGAUCAACAAAUUGAACGUGGACAGGAUUUUAUUUUUUCCUGUGAGGCAAACACAACAUAUGUAACAGUCUCAUGGGAAAAACAUGGCCAAAAAUUGCGUUGUGUUGAGGGCAAGCACAGAAUGAGCAUAGAGGGUACAAAAUUUCAGUUGAAAAUAUCAAACGCUGUGGAGGGUGAUGAAGGAAACUACACCGUAACCCUGAGCAACAGUUUAGGUUCCACCUCAUGCUCUGCACUUGUGAGAAUCAUUAUAAAAGAAUGGAGGACAGUGGAAUGGAAACAAGAGAGAAUGUUAAAGUCUCUCAAGACAUUUCAAAUUUGUAAUGAAGUUCAAGAGCUCCGAUUCCUCGUCUGUGGACCAAUUGGAACAGGAAAGUCCAGCACCAUAAACACCAUCAGAUCCAUUUUUGAAGGCCGUCAGUUUAUCGACUGUCUGGCUGCUUCAGGAACAACAACGAGUCAUACUCUAUCCUAUAAACGAUUCCAAAUCGCAAAUGAAGAAGGAUCAUUUCCUUUUGCCUUCAAUGACAUAAUGGGUGCGGAAAAAGACUCUGGAAUCCUCAAUGAAGAUAUCAUCAGUGCUUUAAAAGGUCACAUUAAAGAGGGUUUCAUGUUCAACUCUGAAAUUCCACUGUCUGAAAGCAACCUUUACUACAACAAAAACCCCACCCUGAGUGAUCAGAUGCACUGCCUGGUGUUCGUCAUGCCAGCUGACAAAAUUUCAACCCAAGACGAAAAGUUUAUGCAAAAAAUGAAGAGUGUCAUGAAAGCAGCAAGCAGCAUGGAAAUUCCUCAAGUGGUUUUCAUGACAAGAGUAGACCUUGCAUGUCCAAUAACCAAGGAGAACCUGCAAAAUGUCUACAAAAGCAAGAAGAUCAAAGAGAAUAUGCAGAAAUGCAGUAAUGAACUGGGUGUGCCUGUGAACCGUAUCUUUCCUGUCUUGAACUAUCAUGAGCAGAUCGUUAUGAAUGAAGAUAUAAACUGCCUGAUGCUCGAUGCCUUAACAAAGAUUAUCUUCUGGGCUAAUGACUAUGUGCUCAAAAAGAGUUCACACCAACAAACAACCUGUAAAUAGAGAAAGUUCACAUGAAAAGUGACAAACAAUUUUAAAGGUUAUCUAAUGAGUUAUUAAUGAGAAUUUAUAUUAAUCCAAUUAUUAAUGCAAAUAUAUUAAUGCUUACAUUUCAUUUUGUUUUUUGAAUUUGUAAAAGAGUUUGGUAAAGGAUUUUUACUUGAUUAUAGAAUUGAUUUGGAAUUGUGCAUCAGUAUCACAGCCUGAAUAAAGAGUGUAAUGCUUACAUGGAGGUAUAUCUAAUUCAGACAUUUUAGAUAUAGCUCAGUUUUAUAGAUCUUUUAUAUUUAGCUCAGUUUCUGUAAUGUAAUAGGAUUUGUGUGGAUAUAUUUUCAUAUAUUGAAUGUUAUGUUAAGCAUUUAUCUGCUUUUUUAUUUUAAAAAUUCUGAUUUAUUAUUUUUAAUGUGUGUAUAAAACUCUACAAUGCAUACCCAUGUAUGUUUGAUCACAUUUUUACCAAUAAAAUGUAAAUAUUACAUAAUGAAACUUUAUAAGCCAUUACAAAAUGAUUAGCUGAAACAAUACAAAGGAUGCAACAAACAUUUCCUGCUACAGUAAAUAUACACUUACAGUGAAUGAAAUGAAAUCCCGGUGAUGGCCACCAGAGAAUGUUAGUAAAAUUAAAUGGUUUCUAACAAACUGCAACAAUAAAUCAAUUGAACUGACACAUUUUAAAAAGUUCUUUGAUUGACGAACUCUCUGAGAAAAAUGCGUGGAUUGACUGAAAAUAGAAAAAAAAUUCUUUUGACAUUAAUCAAAUUCAAGAAAACUCAGAGUCACAAAACCCUAACCCAGAGUUCUAUCAUUUCAUUAGUUAUAUUAUGAGGUGUAUCAUUAGUUAUUACUAAGGGAUCAUUAAAGGUUUCACCGACCUCUAGAUCAAGUCACGGUACUUGACUUUUAACUCUUGAAGCAGACUUUACAGAGUGUCUUGCUUUUCUCUGGUCAGCAGUGUAGGAGAAAACUCACUUCGAACCUACAUUGGCCCAGGCUGGCUCCUGCAAUCUGACUAUAAAAUUAAACAACAAG